UCCCAGGAAUAACGAUUAUCGUCAUAAAAGUACAUAUGGAAAAAACCAGAGCGAAUAUUUCGAUGUUUCCUAUGGGGCCCAACAGCAUGGAUCUCCCCAAGCUGCCAAUGGAGUUUAUGAAAGAACUGACAGACAAUAACCGGCGCCACGCCCUGACAUCAUUCGCCAUGUUCGCGCGUCUGUACCGCAUGCCGGAGGAAUGGAGUAAGAACAACAACACUAUCCGCGAAGCUAGCCAAGUCAUCCUCUUGGAAUACCGAAUGGUGUGUCAUUACACCAAUAUUGCCGCGUAUCCCGGUGACCCGAGCACCUCGUACGCAAGCGACCGGACCACCGGGUUUCUGGCAAUUUUUGACACCGCCCAGAACGUAAAAGACAAGAUCGCCUACCGCAAGAAAAAGAACAUUCCAGACGAAUUCAGCGGCGUAAUGGUUUUUCAUGUGGAGAUGGACGAUUACGCCGGCACCUGCGGAGAGGGUGUGUUCCCUCGACUGUAUGCCCUACGAAGCGAGCUGCGAAAGUGACGAUGCACUUCCACGCCAGAACCACGGUGGCAGUUCCCAAGACGUCGGUCACCACUCGAGCUCGCUUCGUUGCUGGCCGAAACGAGAAGCCCACACCUCAAAUCUUAGAGCGUGGCGAUGCCACCGAAUAGA